AUGUUCAUUAUCCUUUUGUUCGCGGUUGUAUUCACCACGCAGGCUAAUGAAAACCUAUGGAAUUUAAGCUUCAAGGAUUUAUUCACCGAAUACAUAAAAACACAUUUUGAAACGAUGUCUCCCUUACCAAACGCAGGCAAACAAGUCCGUGAAGUGAUAAAUCUCGAGCUCUCGAUAGCUAUAUCCCGUAAAACCUUGCAGUGGUUGAAGAACAUAAACCGGCAUGGUGCUCAAGUGAAAUUAUUAUUCGCAAACACGGAUGAUACUACUUUACAAACCAUCACUGACCGAUUAUGA